AUAAGUGCCUUUUUAAGGUGUUGCCGUUCAGUUUCCCCGGUUUCGUAACUGGUAUAUACACAAUUAUAUACCGGAACAUUGGUACUGGUUAAUGGGUGGAAUCAUCUAAAUAAUCAAAUUAGGAAUUUUGCUUUACAGUUUACACUUUUUAUACACCUUAUUAUUAUUAAAAUGAUGGGUAACAACAUAAAUGUUUUUUUUUUAUUCUUAGCGUAGUGUAUAAUUUUAUAUUAAAUAAAGUUAAAGUGAUAUAAGUUCUAUUUGUUUUCAUACGGUUUUGAAGUUUUAGCCGUUUUAUUAAAGUUCAGCCGUAUUUAGGAAUUAGAGUAUUUAAUGCAUUAUGUUCAAGAAAAAAUCAUCAAUCCUGUAAUUUAUACAUGUAUAUAGUUUUUCAUAAUAUAAACAUUUAACAGUACCUACGCUACACUUUGCAGUUCUAAUUAGGUAGCUAUAAGAAUUUGGAUAAUUAUCUUAUAGCUAUGUUAAGAAGUUGGACCAAACAUUUGCUACAUUGUGCCUUAUUGGUAAUAGUAAUUUCAGUUUUUGAAAUUUGGUCUGGAGGUGUCAAACUAUCAGCAGAUAUUCAAAAUACUUUUAACUUUAAUCCAUGGGAACGCUAUGGUUUUAUGUGGUGCCUUAUGCUGUAUUUACUACGGUUUUUAACAUUCUUACCUUUACCACAAGUACUUUUAAAUUUUGGUGGCCUUACUCUAUACAAUGCGUUUCAAGAUAAAGUUAUGUUAAAAGGAUCACCUCUUUUGGCUCCAUUUAUUUGUAUACGGAUAGUUACAAGAGGUGAUUAUCCUCAAUUAGUCAAAGCUAAUGUGGCUCGUAAUAUGGCUCGCUGCUUAGAGACUGGACUUGAAAACUUUAUCAUUGAAGUAGUAACUGACAAAUAUGUAGGAUUACCUGUACACAGACGAAUUAGAGAAGUUGUUGUACCAAAAUCAUAUAAAACAAAAACAGGUGCUCUCUUUAAAGCUAGAGCGCUUCAAUUUUGUUUAGAAGAUAAUGUAAAUAUGCUGGCAGAUUGUGAUUGGAUUGUCCAUUUAGACGAAGAAACUCUUUUAACGGAGAAUUCCAUUAGAGGUAUAUUGAAUUUUGUCCUAGAUGGUAAACACCAAUUUGGUCAGGGACUGAUCACAUAUGCUAAUGAAGAAGUUGUAAAUUGGUUUACAACAUUAGCAGAUAGCUUUAGAGUCGCAGAUGAUAUGGGUAAACUUAGAAUACAGCUAUCAAUGUUUCAUAAACCACUUCUCAGUUGGAAAGGCUCGUUUGUUGUCACUCAGGUGGGUGCAGAACGACAUAUUUCCUUUGAUAAUGGCUUAGACGGGUCAAUUGCUGAAGACUGUUUCUUUGCAAUGCGAGCAGCUAAGGAAGGUUAUUCAUUUAAUUUUAUUGAAGGUGAGAUGUGGGAAAAAUCACCAUUUUCACUUUGGGAUUUCAUACAACAACGUAAACGUUGGCUUCAAGGCAUCUUAUUGGUUGUUCAUUCUGCUGCAUUACCUACUAAAACUAAAAUUUGGUUAGCAUUAUCUUGUUAUUCAUGGGUAACUUUGCCACUAUCAACAUCAAAUUUAAUACUGGCAAGAUACUUUCCUAUCCCAUGCCCAGCUAUUAUGGAUUUUGUCUGUGCAUUCAUAGCUGGGGUUAACAUUUAUAUGUAUAUAUUUGGAGUAGUAAAAUCAUUUUCUUUGUAUCGUUUUGGUGUGAUUAAGUUUACUUUAUGCAUAAUAGGAGCUUUGUGUACAAUACCUUUUAAUGUAAUAAUUGAAAAUGUUGCAGUGAUAUGGGGUCUCUUUGGUAAUAAGUACAAGUUUUAUGUUGUGCAUAAAGAAAUUAAACCACUUGUAACUGUAUAAACAGGUCAUAUAUAUUUUUUUUUCAUUUAUAUUGGAUGUAAUAAAUGGGAGGGGAAAGACUAUCUUGCCAUUUUAUAGUAUAAACCAUUAUAGGUAAUACAUAGAUGACAACCUAUGGCUUACUAAAAAUGUUGACAUUAAUUCCUACUAAAACAUCAUGUUUAGAAUUUCAUAAAAAAAAAACAUUUUUUUUUACAUCUAUAAAACUAAAUUGCUAUUUAUUUUGUAAUUUUAUAUUUAUCAAAUUUUUUUAACAAACUUAAGAAUUCAAAAAUUACAAAAUAUUUUAUACAAAAAAAAAUCCUCCUGUAAUAAUUUUCUUCAAUUCCAGUUCCAGUCAACAUUUUAAGUAAUUAAUUAACACUACUUUCAUAAAUUACCUUAAGCCGAGAAUGCCAUCAAUUUAAUUUUAAAGGUCAAGAUCUCGGAUUUGUACCUAAAAAAGGUUUGGCAAAACUAGUCAUAACCUAGUUUUAUUAUAAGAUUUUUUAAGUAUGAAUAUGUUAAUAUUGUUUAUAUAGACCAUUAUAAAAUAUUUUAAAUGCACAUAAUUAGUACCUACUUAAACACUAAGUUUUAUAAACUAUGAUCAAAUACAUUACUUAUCAAUCACCAGUAAGAUCACUUUUGAACACCAAUUAUUAUUAUUAUUUAAUAAGAACAAAUUUACAUAAUUACAUUUAGCAUAUUUGCUAGUCAUAUUCAUGUCAACGAAAUUUUCUGUUGAAAUUAUUAAUUUUUUUCUACUACUUAAAUGUU